GCGGAGAAUACCUUUUUUUUUUCUCUUUUUCUUUCAUGUCUCAUCUUUUAUUUGCUCUUGGGUUAUCCAUAUUACUUGUUAUUCAUUCAAGACGCAAGAAAUCACUUAGUAUUGAUGGUGCUGCUGCUGCUUUUAUGUUGGGCAUGGUGACAUUCUCAUCUCGUCUUUGGCUUUUUACAGUUGUUCUCUUGACAUUCUUUCUUUCAAGUAGUCGAUUGACCAAGUUUAAGGCUGAUCAAAAACGACGCUUAGAAGCUGAUUAUGAAGAUGCUAGUGAAAGAAACGCGGUUCAAGUGGCUUGUAAUGCGCGUUGGAGUCGUGUCUUGAUCUGGGCUUAUGUAGGACAUUAUGCUUGUUGUGCUGGUGAUACGUGGGCAAGUGAAUUGGGUAUCCUGAACAAGGAUUGGCCCAUUUUAAUCACACGCAUGAAAAAAGUGCCUCCAGGUACCAAUGGCGGUGUUUCUGGAUUAGGAUUGGCGGCUUCUUUUGCAGGUGGUACACUGGUAGGUCUUUCUGCUGCCAUGACACUGUAUAUAGAACAAGCAUGUUAUGGAUUUGCAUGGGAAUUGGUCUUGGUGGGUUGUUUAGCAGGUGUGGGUGGAUCUUUGAUGGAUUCUUUGUUGGGUGCCACCGUACAACAAAGUCUGUAUUCAAAAGAUCAAAAAAAGAUAGUGGCUCAAGGCAAACAAGGCGAAGACAUUCAAAUCAUCAGUGGUUUACCCAUCUUGGAUAACCAUCAAGUCAAUUUUGUUACAUCUGUCAUCACGACUAGUAUGUGUGCCUUAUUAGCACAUCAUUUAUAUCCUACCAUAUAAAACACA